AUGGACAAAAAUAUAAAAAAUACCAAAGAAGUCUCCAGUAAUGAUGGUUUUUUAAAAGUAAACUUGAGUGCCAUAUCGUUUUAUGAAAGAGAUCAUAAUAAUUCGCUAAAUUUAAAUGAAACUCUGGGAAAUGUGUAUAAAUCGUUAAUUAAGUGUGAUAAGCGUAGUACAGAUAUUGCUAAUAACACAACUUUGUGUAAGAGUUCAUCCUGUUGUGUAGUAUUCUCCCUAAAAUUAUUGUCCGGAUCCAGCAAACAUAAAGACUACUGGACCUUGUGCUCGGAAGUAAUAACCAGGCCUCUGUUUGUCAAGUAUAAGAGGAAUGACAAAGGAUAUAUAUCUUUUUUGACCAACCAUACGGAAGUGCUGCGAUUUGGUAAAGCAACUAGUGUAGAAUCUAUUAAACCCGUUGAUCAAUAUAAUAAGCAUUUCGGUUCGGUGAUUGAUACUGAUAGAUUCCUAUUGUCGAUAGGAGUAUCAAUCGUUAAAAAAUCGAAAUUGCUGUACAUGGGAUACGGAAAUAAGUAUCUGUCUUCAGUUGACCUGUUCGGUAAACGACUGUCUGUAGGCAUUCUGGGUGAUAAAAACAACAACUCACUCAACUUGGACAGCGGACUUUUAUUUUUUGACCUUUACGUAAAACGUACCCACCUGGUUCCAAUUCCAAAUUCUGAUAUCGUAGCUCAAACGGAGUCUGCAGAAAAUAAAGGUUUCGGUUCUGACAAAAAUCAAGAUUCAAGUAACGAUUUAUUAAAUAAUCUAAAUGGGCUUAUUUCUAAUAAAAAAUUGGAUAUUGAGGCCUGUUUGAAGGAUACUAAAUUGUUGAGCGAGUUGCAGUUGGAUGAUUACACAACUUCAUCCUCGUACGUAGACUCGGUAUCUGAAGUUAGUAGCGUUAAAAAGGUACCAUUAAGUAAAAAGAAAGUGUUGCCACCUCCGAGACCUAAGAAUGAUAACUCUGUACCUGAUAAACAGGUUGUUCAUGUUCAUAGUAAUUGUACUCAUUCAGUUGAGGACAGUAAUAAUACGAAAUCAGGCGCCUCAAAAGAUUUUGGUCAAAAAAAUGAUGAGGUUCAUCCUGAAUUUUGUGAAAAUUUCAAUGCCGACUCAAAGUAUGAUAAGAAUAUAAAGGGUGUUAAAGUCACUUUUAACAAGGAUUUCGUGGAGUUAAUUGACUCCUUGGCCCCAAAAAAGUAUGCCAACUUAUCGCAAACCAGUAGCAGUCUCCUAAAUGGACUGAACUUGGAAACUAGUAGAUUAAAAGGCAAUGAAAGCAGACCUUGGUCUGCUAAACCUGAGCGUUUAAGCUCAAUAUCACCGGAUGGUUUUAGUUUUAAGGUUUUUUUAAAGUUUGUUAACUUGAAUGGCGGUAAUGAUGACCGCAAAAUCAUGACUGAUAAUGGUGAUGAUGUGGAUGCGGCUGUAAAUGACGUAAAUUAUCAAAAUUAUCAAGAUAUUCGGAAUCAGAGUAUCGAUGGCGGUAAUGAAAACGAGUGUUUUGGAGGCGAACAUGAAUCUCUAGGUGUAAUUUUAAACGAGUUGUUUUUGUUUUCUAAUAAGGUGUUUUUAAUUUCCAACACCAAGGGUACCUAUGACACUGUGUGGAUUAAAACGCGGUCGUCUGCUUCUUUGGAAAACAUAAUUAAAAUACCCAUUAGUACCUCGAGCAGUAAGAUGGGCGAACUGUUCGAUUACUUAUCCAAAAUAAGUUUAUCGUCAGUUUAUGGAGUUGGUUUUCUGGUUGACCUGAGGGUGGACCUGUUUGCCUUGGAAGUCUUCAUUUCAAUUUUGGAGGACAAAAUAGGGAAUAUGGAUUUAAACAUUCCAAUCAAGUUGACUGAUGUGGUUUUUUCUUUAAAUUGCACCGAUUUUCUAUCCUAUUUUGACGAUGCUCUUGACCACCUUUCAUCUAAACUAGACAAGUCAUCUUCUGCCACCCACAGUAACACCAUUUCAAGUCACUCCAGUUCAGCCCAUUUGUAUUAUCAGGACUCUCUUCGGUCUAACGUUCAAGUUGAAAGCGCUGGCCCCGUCUGGACUAACAUUUUAAAGAAGGAGAUAGGUUCUAUUAGGGAGGAAAAUUCGAUUCAUGAUAAUUUCCUAAAAUUUAUCUGGCCUUCGUAUGGUAAACAGCUUGCAUAA